AGGUGUGGGUCCACCCCGAGGCCGUGGCGCAAUAAUGGAUUACACCUUUUAUCUAUCCACGCUGCACAUUUCUCCGGCUAGAUCUGACAUUUAGACGCUAGUCGGUUGCAUUCCCUCCCUGAAAAUUUUCCGACAAGUAAUUGAGACUUCGAUGGCGACGAAGACGACGAUGAUAACAUCACCUUCUCCAAAAGUUCAUACGAGCACUUUUGGUGCAAGAAGGUUUCAAAUCCCUUUUCGUUCCGCUUCACUUUCUUCCAACAAGAUUUCAUCUUCCGUGAUUCGUUUCCGAAAUCCUACGGAACUAAAUCGAGCUUCGGCCAAAUCCUUGUCCGAUCCUCCCACGAUUUUAUCUGAAGACGUUGGUGAGAUGAUUGGAGAAAUCAGUAUACUUCGUCUUACGGGUGAAGAAGUAAAGUUUAAGCAGCUCUGGGAUCAAGAAGAGGGAGUAGCUGUUGUAGCACUUCUGAGGCAUUUUGGUUGCGUUUGCAGCUGGGAACUUGCAGCAGCACUCAGAGAUUACCAAAGCAGAUUUAAUUCUGCGGGUGUGGAGCUGGUUGCCGUUGGUAUUGGGUCGCCAAGAAAUGGCCGGAUUUUGUCUGCAAGGUUGCCUUUCCCGUGGGAGUGUCUGUAUGCUGAUCCUGAUCGCAAGGCUUAUAAUGCUCUAGGCUUGUACUAUGGGAUCGGCCGCACAUUUUUCAACCCAGCCAGUGCUAAAAUAUUUUCUAGAUUCAAAGAAUUACGAGAAGCGAACAAAAACUACACUAUUGAAGCCACCCCAGAUGAUAAAAGCAGUGUUCUGCAACAGGGAGGAAUGUUUGUGUUUAAAGGGAAGCAAUUGGUAUAUGCACGGAAGGAUGAAGCAACUGGUGAUCAUGCCCCUUUGGAUGAUGUUUUUAAGGUCUGCCGCAAAGUUAGGUGAUUGCAAGGAAUGUCUGCUAGAGUUUAUCCAUUAAUGUUCUUAUAGUAUAAUAAUAAUACUCCUAUACCCGAAAAACUCACUUUUAAUACUAAAACAAUAUUAGAAAUCUGUUCAGAAUAAUAAGAAUUGGAAGUAUGACUUUUCUUGUUGGGAAAGGUUUAAUUAGUCAUUUUGUGAAUUGCAAGGUUGGGUUCUCCUAGCUUGUAUAUUCAGGAAACAUUCUCACCUCGGAUGCGCUUGUAUUUGUUCAUCAGGACGUAAGAAAACUGAGACAAGACUGAAAAUCCACUCUAGCAAUAGUAAAUGUCAUUUGCAUGAAUAAUUAUGACACUGACAGAAUGAUGAAUUGAGAUAAUUUUUC